CCGGAUCAUGAUGGGACUCACUUAUUCUAAAAAUCUACCCCGAGCGCACGAAAGAGGGAUAUUAUCAACACGGUAUCCGAUUGGCUAUUCGUCACCCAGAACACGCAACGUAUAUUUAUAACAGUAGAGGAACCUGAGACGAAGCUGGCCAUAGAAUGUGACUGCUGUCUCUUACCUUUCACACAAAAUAAAGAUACUCCUGGAACACAUUUGUUUAAAUAUGCCGAAAGCGUGCCAGUUUUGCUGGGGACGUACAUCCCCCUCAACGCCAGGGAUCAAUGACCGCCAAGGAGUCCCGUACGUCACGGCGGUCUUCUCUGAUAAUUGGAAAUGGCAGUUUAACUCCAAGGAUCGUCGGUCGCGGCGGCGGAGGUUCGCUGACAGCGGGGAAAUAAUUUCCGGGUUUACUGCUGUCUUUUCUGAGGAUUGGAAAGAUGACGAAAGUGAUAAAGCACAUUCGCGUGUCAGUCCACUAAGUUGCAACACCUGCCAAUGGGACAAGGACUGUGAGAAAAACAUAGAUGCAUAUGUUUUCUCGACGGACUCACCUUCUUCAACACCGCCUCCUUUUAAACGACAGCCUGAAGAAACCUGCAGCUUAUCGAGGAUGGAGACGAUUUUUUCUCCCACAUCUCGCAAUCUUCAACAAUAUCAGUUUGGGGACUCACAAUCACCUAAUUGGCCACCAUCACCAAUGUCUACGAAUACCUUUACCCCUUCAUUCAUAACGUUAAUCGACGAAGAGACUUCCAUCCCAGAGCUCAUAUCGUCAGAGUGUUUAACGCCAAGUCAGCCAAGCUCAGUCUAUUCCAUAGCCAUGGAUACGCCAUCGCCCGCAGCAGAUGAAUUUGAGCAUCUUCCCUGGAUUCUGGCGGCCGAGGCCACUGAUGCCCACGACGGCGCAAUGUUUCCGAGCAAACCUUUACCUGGUCAUCACAGGUCUCUUCUUGAGGAUAAGAGAAUGGCUGCAGACUUGGGGUUCAACUACUGGGAGGAGUUCAUAGACUAUAGUAUCAUGGCUGUUGACGGUUCUAAUAAGCUAGAUGCUUUCCAAGAGUGGGGUUCAGGAGACCAAUUUUUAAUAUGAAUUUGACGAAUUAAUUAAUAUCUCAAUAACUGUGUGGUUUUUACAAU